AUGAGGAAAUAUGAAGGGAGAAUCAAUCAUUCAUCAGCAGAGGAUGGUCCUGGGAACAGGUAUAAGGAUGACGUGCAAGGGGGAUGUAAUUGUUUAAAGUGCAUCGUUGAAUUUCACCUUGAAAUUUGGAAGUUUAUAAAAAAAAUGGAAGAUUACUUUCAUAUAGUUAUGCUUCUGUCCUUAUCUACAUCGGCGGUCUACGGUUGCAUGGGAGGAUUCUUAAUUUCAGAGAUGCUGACGAAUAAACUAUAUGCAAAAGCGUUGGGGAGAAUUUUUUGGCUCAUAAGUGUUCACGCUGGAAUGACCCUGAGCUAUUGGCUGACCGAAAUAUGUCAACAAAAUAGUUAUUCCCUAGGUGAAGCUGCUUAUUCUAUUCAAUGGACCGCGAAAGACCCUAAAAUCUCACGGGAUCUGCUUUUUAUCAUUCGACAGUCGAGAAUUCCUCUGAAAUUUAAGGUGGGAAAAUAUUACGUACCUUCUCUACAUCUGCUAAGGAAGUUUAUUUUUACAAUACUGUCAUACACAUCAUCCCUGGUGGCUAUAGCAAGUCGGGAGACCCGGAACUAA